AGUUUCAUUGAAUAAAGGUUCCAUUUUCAGUUUCACUGAAUAACUUAUGUAUCUCUGGUUUUGGUUUAGAUAUAGAUCAGAUACAUUAAUUAUUCAUAUUUGUUUAUAAAAGUGACCAGAGUAGUAGCUAUUUUUUUAUGCAUGCAAGCACAAACAUAGUUGUAACUGCUAAGAAACAUCCUCUUAUUUGGCAUGUGGCAUGUCAAAAACAAACUAAACUUGGCACAUAAGCAAGAACACACCACUCCCUCAUAGCCUGUUUUAUCUUCUUUUAUACAAGAUCUUUAUCUCAGAAAAGAAGGAAAAAAUUAUAAAAAGCAAAUGUUCCUAUCAUGGGUGUGAAACAAGUUAUGUUUUUUUGUCAUAAUAUAACCGUGAUUCGAACUUUAGAAUCCGGUUCUACUUUUUAUGCCAACUCCAUUUAGCUGUGUAUGCCUUGAUGUCUAGGAAAACAUUCUUUGCUUGCUGGAAUCAAUAGUGUGCAGAAUAUAGUUUCCUUAACAACUGUCACUUUCUGUCCAACAUGUAUAUAUUGAACAGAAAAAUAAAAAAAGAGAAUUGUCUUCGACACAUAAAAGAAACAUGGCAGAAGAAGAACUGAACCAGUCUCUUGAAUAUACACCAACAUGGAUUGUUGCAGUCGUUUGCUCCGUCAUUGUUUUCAUCUCUCUGUGCGUUGAGCGUGCUCUUCACCGCCUUGGAAAGUACUUAAAGAGGAAAAAUCAGAAAGCAUUAUCUAGAGCCUUAAAAAAAUUGGAAGAAGAGUUGAUGCUCUUAGGGUUCAUUUCCCUUCUCUUAACCGUCUUUCAAGGUCUAAUAAGCCACAUUUGCAUCCCACCUAAGUAUGCAACCAAAAUGCUUCCAUGCAAGAGGUCUCAAGGAUCUUCACAAGGUUCAGAACAUGAUCUGAUAUACUAUGAUACUAUAAUCAACAGAAGAAGGCUUUUAUCUACAGAUACCGGUUCACAGCAUUGUAGACUAGAGGGGAAGGUACCAUUGUUAUCGCUGGAAGGAUUGCAUCAUCUUCAUAUUUUCAUCUUUGUAUUGGCUGUUGUACAUGUAGUAUUCUGUGUCACAACAGUGGUUCUCGGAGGUGCAAGGAUUCGUCAGUGGAAAAGCUGGGAGGAUCAUGCUAAGAAGAAUACGAUAGACUCAAGUGAAACUCUUAGAAAAGAGCUAGACGAGUUCUUAAAUAAACAUGCUCAGGGGCAUUGGAGAAAAGCAGCUGUAGUUGGCUGGCUUAGAUCAUUUUUCAAACAAUUUUUUUCCUCAGUUACAAAAUAUGACUACCUUGCACUGCGGCAUGGAUUUAUCAAGGAACACCAUCCAAACGAUCCCGAUUUUAAUUUUUAUGAUUACAUGAUGCGGACACUUGAAGUUGACUUCAGAAAAGUUGUUGGCAUAAGCUGGUAUCUUUGGGUCUUUGUCGUGCUGUUUUUGCUGCUGAAUCUCGACGGGUGGCACACUUAUUUUUGGCUGGCUUUUUUACCAUUGAUAAUACUACUUCUUGUGGGGGCUAAGUUAGAGCACAUAAUCACUCGUUUAGGCCAGGAGUCGGUAGCACAGGCAUAUCCAGAUGAACGAGUGAAGCCAUCGGACGAAUAUUUUUGGUUCGGCCACCCGGCCAUUGUCCUCGACUUACUUCACUUCACUUUGUUUCAAAACGCUUACGAGAUCGCAUUUUUCUUUUGGAUUUGGUCAACAUAUGGAUUUGAUUCGUGCAUUAUGGGGAAAAUCGCGUACAUCAUCCCAAGAAUUAUAAUGGGUGUAAUUGUUCAAGUACUUUGCAGUUACAGCACCUUGCCUCUUUACACUCUUGUGACUCAGAUGGGUAGCAGUAGCAAGAUUGAUAAGAAUGAUGAUAAGGCGGAAUCACCUCCAUUGUUCCAAUCAAACCAAGUUUCUCAAAUUGGUGAACAAGCAAUUAUCAUGAUGGAAGAUCAUGCAGUGUCAUCUACAGUUGAACUUCACCCUAUGAAUCAAUCUUCUUUGGAAAGAGAUAAUGUAUUCAAUACUCAAUAGUUAUAUUCUUUGAUGAUAUUCAUUUAUAUGAAUUCUUCUUGUGAUUGUAUAGAUGAAAGAAUGUUAAUACAAUAUUUGAUUCUUGAUACAAACUAUGAGAGGGAAAAUAAAAGAAAAAAACAUUGGAUGUUAGAGAAA